UCUCAUUGCAUUAAAAUAUUCAAUUUUAAUUCUAAAAGUGAGCUAUAAGAAUGAAAUCUAGAAUUAUCUUCUAGAAUGUUCAUUGAAAUAUAAAAGUUAGGUUAUGUGCUUGGACGUUUUAUUGUGUUAAUAUUUUCUCAAAAUCUAAAUAUUCGUUUUUUGAUUUAGUGCUCAAUAAUAAUUACAACUAAAAAUGGAUGAUAAAUUAAGACAAAUGGAAGAUGAAAUGAACAGGUUUGAGGCCGAAAUAUCGGGUGAAUCAAGGCAAGUAAUUGGCGUUAACACAUUUAAUCAAGUCCAACAAAAAUUACAAUCCGAUUUCACAGGUUUCGGCAGUUUUCCUCCUCCACCACCCCCACCUCCAAUACUAAUCCCACAACAAGUUCGGAGUAGUGCAGCCACAUAUUCAGCUCCCGCUAGUGUUGUUGUAUCCCAACCAGCUGUCGUAACAGCUACACCAAAAAUUUACGCAGCCAAAGCAACAGUUUUAUCCAAUCCCGUUAUUAAUAUCCCAGCCGUAUUAAAUAUCCCAGCAAUUCAAGCCGAAGUGGAAAAGAAAUUGAAGAAAUUAAAACCAGAUAAACCAAGUAUUGCUGCAGAAGUUGCCAUCAGUCAAGGUAAAGCGAGCAGUGCUCUACAAUCAUUUGGUACCGAUGAACAUAAACGUAAUAAAAAAGGGAAGAAAAUUAUACGAACAGCUGGUGGACAAAUAUGGGAAGAUCAAACGUUAUUAGAUUGGGACGAUGAUGAUUUUCGAUUGUUUUGCGGUGAUUUGGGAAACGAUGUAACGGAUGAACUGUUAAUUCGUACAUUUAAUAAAUAUCCAUCGUUUCAAAAAGCUCGCGUUGUACGAGAUAAGCGAACAAAUAAAAGUAAAGGUUUUGGAUUCAUUAGUUUUAAGGAUCCAGGAGAUUUUAUCAAGGCUAUGAAAGAAAUGAAUGGACGUUAUGUUGGUAGCCGACCAAUAAAAUUACGUAAAAGUUGUUGGAAAAAUCGUAAUUUGGAUAUUGUACGAAAAAAAGAAAAGGAAAAAGUAGCAUUAAUUAAUUUACUCACAUCUGGUAACAAUGGACGAUAAAUUCGAAAUAAUUUUUUUAU